AUGAAUGAUUCCACGGUUGAACAUAUGUUGCAACAAUGCACUCAUCUGGACAAGUUAAGCAUGUAUGAUUGUUCUGAUAUCAGAUCCCUUACUGAAGUUAAUGUGCCUUUGACUCUGAAGCACUUGGUGAUCCGAAGGUGCGAUGUCUUGGAUUAUUCCAAAAUAUUAUUGUAUACAUCCCUUGAAUCCUUGGAUAUAGAGGGCAGCAAAUGUCAUCCACUUGUAGAAUUAUCUUUGCCAUCGUUUCCUUUGCUAAAACGUGUUUCUAUAGGGAGAUGUGAAGACUUGAAGUUUAAUGGUGGUUUAGGGGGCGGGGCACUCACCGCCAGCAUCCAACAUGUUUUCUCCCAGCAGAUCCUUUCCCUUUUUCAUUCUUUGCCUGCUUCUUCUCCCUCUCAUAUUUCGGCCAUUUAUCAUCCUCAUCCUCAUCCUCAUCCUCGGAAGCGUGAAUUUAGUACUUUCCGAAAGGCGUUAAUCUCGUUACUUCCCGCUGAAGACCAGUCGAAAAUCUAUAAAGUUCCAGCGACUGACGUCGAAGCACUGAAAUCCCAGUUGAUGGGGCUGUUCGAGAAGCGUCGUGCCAGAAAGUUUUUCAUCUAUGUCCAAGACUAUGAUGAUAAUGAUCCGAAAUCUCAUGAAGGACUAGACCUGAAUAAAGUCACGGCCAGAGAACUUAUCUCGAAGUAUGGGCUAGAAGAUGAUACAAUCGACUUCAUCGGUCAUGCCUUGGCACUCUACAGUGAUGAUAGUUACUUGGAUCAGCCAGCUUUGGAUUUCGUUAAGCGAAUGAAGCUCUAUGCAGAGUCUUUGGCACGGUUUCAAGGAGGAUCUCCUUAUAUCUAUCCAUUAGGACUGGGAGAAUUGCCUCAGGCAUUUGCACGUUUAAGUGCAGUUUACGGAGGUACUUACAUGCUCAACAAGCCUGAAUGUAAGGUAGAGUUCGGUGAUGAUGGAAAAGUUAUCGGUGUGACUUCUGAAGGGGAAACUGCUAAGUGCAAGAAAGUUGUUUGUGAUCCAUCUUACUUGUCCGAUAGGAUAAAGAAGGUCGGAAAAGUGGCGCGUGCUAUCUGCAUUAUGAGCCACCCUAUUCCAGAUACCAAUGAGUCUCACUCAGCCCAGGUUAUUCUGCCUCAGAAGCAACUCGGCCGUAAAUCAGACAUGUACCUUUUCUGUUGCUCAUAUGCUCAUAAUGUUGCUCCCAAGGGGAAAUACAUUGCUUUCGUUUCAACAGAGGCCGAGACCGAAGACCCCAAGGUAGAGUUGGAGCCUGGCAUUAAGCUACUCGGACUGGUAGAUGAGAUAUUCUACGACACUUACGACAGAUAUGUCCCAACUAACGACCAUGCAGCCGACAACUGCUUCAUAUCUGCUAGUUAUGAUCCAACGACACACUUCGAAACCACUGUGAAUGAUGUGAUCCAGAUGUAUACUAAGAUCACUGGAAAAGUACUUGAUUUAUCUGUGGACCUGAGUGCUGCCAGUGCUAGUGAAGAAUGAAAAUCUUCAAACUAUUUU